UUUUUCUGAUCUGGUCCUGGGAUCAGCCGGGCUCGGUCCUCGGUCACAGAGCAGAAAAGCCUUGACCUGCGGCAGAGGGCGGGGUGGAGGGGCGGGGGCGGCCGCUUGCCUUCCCCUCGUCCGAUUCUCUGCGUUUGCGGCUGUUCGCAAGUCCUCGGAUUGUAGGCGGACAGAAAUCGGCAGUUUGUCUCCCGGGCUCCUUGCCGUCCAACCCGCCUCCCCCCAGUACCUUCCUUCCACACGCUCUGUUACUUCCUAGCGACAUAAGGUUGGAUGAGAAUUUAAUCUUUCUGUGCCUUGGUUUCCUUUUCUGUAAAAAGGGGUAUUACGAGUACGUGCCUUAUACAAGAUAAAUGUUUGGGACACAUCAGGCGUGUGGCAAGGUGUCGGCUGUUAAUGAUAUGAUAAUCAGAAAAGCAUCGCUUUCGGUGGAAGCUCCCCGAAGUGCCACUGGCAAUUCUUUCUGAUCCCUGCCGGAAAGGAGGCUGUGCCUGGACGACUUCUGACCCGUUUUUAAAGAAAAAGUGGGUCACCCACAGAUACCCGCUGUAGUUUUCCCAGGACCACAAAAUCGUUGUGUCUCCCAGCCUCCUUUCCUUCUCCUGCCCUGGUAUCUGAAAAGGGGGGCUGUAGAAAAGAGAGGAGUGAGCCCAGGGCUUCUGGUAGCAGAGCCCCACCGUGGCAGGACUUAUAGCAUCUUCCUUUUCUGUUCCAGUGGUAGAAGGUAUUUUAUUCAUUAGUAAAUAUUUCUGCUACAAAAGCGUUCAGUUACUGGUAAAUAAUUAUGAAAAUAUGUAGAUCGCGUACAGGGCAUGAGUGGUAAUCAAAAUAGUUAAACAUUGAGUCCUAAGUCUCAUCCUAAGGGCUUUAUAAAAAUUAGUGCAUUUAACCUUCACAAGGCCCUAUGAAGUGAAUACUUUUAUUACCUCUAUUUUACAGAUGAGGAAAUGGAGAUAGAGAGAGCAUAAGUUACUUAAGAGCAGUGGGAUUUGAGUCUAGGGCUUGCGUUCCUUAUAUCUUUGGAUAUCCUUGGUCCCCUCGUUUAAAAUCCCAAAAUUGGAAUUAGGAAACAAAAUAGAAAAACAGUCUAUCGAAAUAUUCAACCAUAGGAAACUGGCUGCCGAGGAGGCAUUUGGCAUCAAGUUGUGGAGUUCUGGAGCUGGGAGUCCAAGAUCAAGGCUACAGGGUCCUCUGAUUCAUGGAUCUGGUCACAUUCUUCUCGGAGUGCCCAGCGCGGGGUCGGCAGAGAGGAGUUGUUCGAAGCAGCAGAGAGACAAGAUCUAGAAGACUGGCUUCUUUGUGAGAGCUGGAUUCAGGUUCCGCCCCUGCCCCUUGACCUCACCAAGCCUCGGCUUCCUCAUCUGUUACGUGGGAACAACAGUCAUCAUCAUCAUCAUUUAUUGAGAACUUGGUAAAAUGCCAGUUGAGGAGAGGCACGGAGGUGGAGGUGAUCAGACUGGAGUCACACGGCUAGUACACCCCUAGCUUCUUCACAGACUCAGCGCUUCCCCAGAAGGAGGAGGACAAAAUGACCAAGCUCAAGGAGGCGGUGACCUUCAAGGACGUGGCCGUGGUCUUCACGGAGGAGGAGCUGGGGCUGCUGGACUCUGCCCAGAAGAAGCUGUACCAGGAAGUGAUGCUGGAGAACUUCCAGAACCUGGUCUCAGUGGGUGAGGAAGGGUACUCUGGGACUGAACAUCGCAUCAGCCCCUGUGGGCAUCAAUCAUUCACACCAGAUGUAAUAUCCCAGUUAAAGAGAAAAGAAAAGCUUUGGAUGAUAAAGAUAGCAACCCAGAGCCGUCACUCCUUGGGAGACAAGAAUCUAAAUGGCAUGGAGACUCUUCGGGAAGUUGGAUUAAGGUAUCUGCCACAUGAAGAGCUUUUCUGCUCACAAAUAUGGCAACAGGUUACAAAGGAAUUAACCAGGUGUCAAGAUUCCAUGGGAAAUAUUCAAGGAACUGGCUCUCAGAUGGAAAAACAAGGUGGCACACUCAGUAAAGAUGAGGAGUUUGGUAAAGACUUCAAUCAGACUUCACAUCUUCAAGUUCACCACAGAGACCACGCUGCAGAAAAACCCUACAAAGGGGUGGAGUGUGAGAAAGGUUUCAUACGGGACUCUCACCUUCAAAUGAACCAGACAGCCCACGUAGGAGAGAAGCCCUACAAGUGUGAAAAAUGUGAAAACGCCUUCCGUCGGCUUUCAAGUCUUCAAGCCCAUCAGAGAGUCCACAGUAGAACAAGAUUGAACAAAUAUGAUAUGUCGUGUAAGAGUUUCAGUCAGAGGUCAUAUCUUCGUCAUCAUCAGAGGGUCCCCACUGGAGAGGAUCCACACAGAUUUGAGGAGUGUGGGAGGAACGUCGGGAAAAGCUCACAUUGUCAAGCUCCUCCCAUAGCCCACACAUUGGAGAAACCCUAUAAAUGUGAGGAGUGUGGACUGGGCUUCAGUCAGCGCUCCUAUCUUCACAUCCAUCAGAGAGCCCACACAGGAAAGAAACCUUAUAAAUGUGAAGAGUGUGGGAAGGGCUUCAGUUGGCGUUCACGCCUACAGGCUCAUCAGCGAAUCCACACUGGGGAGAAACCCUACAAAUGUGAGGCAUGUGGCAAGGGCUUUAGUUACAGCUCACACCUGAACAUCCACUGUAGGAUCCACACAGGCGAGAAACCCUUUAAGUGUGAGGAGUGUGGGAAAGGCUUCAGUGUGGGUUCCCACCUCCAAGCCCAUCAGAUAAGCCACACGGGAGAGAAACCAUACAAAUGUGAGGAAUGUGGCAAGGGCUUCUGUCGGGCCUCAAACCUUCUGGACCAUCAGAGAGGCCAUAGUGGUGAGAAACCAUAUCAGUGCGAUGCAUGUGGAAAGGGCUUUAGUCGUAGCUCAGAUUUUAACAUUCAUUUUAGAGUCCAUACAGGAGAAAAACCCUAUAAGUGCGAGGAGUGUGGGAAAGGUUUCAGUCAGGCCUCAAAUCUUCUGGCCCAUCAAAGAGGCCACACUGGAGAAAAACCAUACAAAUGUGGUACAUGUGGGAAGGGCUUCAGCCGGAGUUCAGAUCUUAACGUUCAUUGUCGAAUCCACACGGGAGAGAAACCCUAUAAAUGUGAGAAGUGCGGGAAGGCCUUCAGUCAGUUCUCAAGCCUUCAAGUGCAUCAAAGAGUCCAUACCGGAGAGAAACCAUACCAGUGUGCAGAGUGUGGGAAAGGCUUCAGUGUGGGCUCACAGCUUCAGGCCCAUCAGAGGUGUCACACUGGAGAGAAACCCUACCAGUGUGAGGAGUGUGGGAAGGGCUUCUGUCGGGCCUCAAAUUUUCUGGCUCACCGUGGAGUCCACACAGGAGAGAAGCCAUACCGAUGCGAUGUGUGCAGUAAGCGCUUCAGACAGAGAUCAUACCUUCAAGCCCACCAGAGGGUCCACACUGGAGAGAAACCAUAUAAGUGUGAGGAAUGUGGUAAGGUCUUCAGUUGGAGCUCAUACCUUCAAGCCCAUCAGAGAGUCCACACAGGGGAAAAACCAUACAAAUGUGAGGAGUGUGGGAAAGGCUUCAGUUGGAGCUCAAGUCUUAUAAUUCAUCAGCGAGUCCAUGCUGGGGAUGAGGGUGACAAGGACUGUCCCUCAUCAGAGAAUACGUACAGCAAAGAAGCUCUAUAAAAUUACAUGGUUUAAUACCUCAAAUGGGUGCUGAAAUAGUCCUGCCAUAGAAGACAAAACACCUGUUUGAUAAAAGAGUAUUUCUGCCAGAGCUCGACAUGUCUGUGUGGUUGGGCGACCACACGGCAGAGAAGCCUCAUAAGCGUGGAGACAUAAGAACUUCAUUCAGAGCCUUGACAUUUAGCAGGUAUGACAGAGAAGAGAGGCUUAAGAGGGAUGAGUCUGAGCUGAAGGUAACCAAAAGUACUAAGAUGGAAAUGCCCAAAUCUCUUCCACCAGAAUAGAAGCUCUCGGAGGGCUGGGACUUUGUUGACGGCCAAGUCCACUCUGCCUCUUCAGCGCCAAACACACUGCAGGUGUCCAGUAAUGUUAAAUGAGUAAAAGGGAGAACAGUCACUUUUGAAAUUUUCUUUCAGUUCCUCUCUAAAAAUUUCUAUAAAAUUGUAGAAGGAGGAAUUCUCCAAGGCUUGGAGGAUUAAAUAAGACACUUGGGCUCAUUUCCCCAACCCUGCAGGUCCUGUGAACUAGUGCUUAUCAAGCUCAAGGUUGUAACCCAUUAGUGGGUCCAGAAGUCAGUUCACCAGGUUGUGGCCAGCACUUUUCUAUGCUAACAGUUCUUUUUGGAGAUGUGAUUCGCAUGCAGCCACAUGCAUAAAUAAGUUUACAUCUUCAUGAAUUUUGACAAAUGUAUCUACUUGUGUAAUCAUCACCGAGAUCAAUAUAUACCAUAUUUCUAUUAAACCAGAGUGUUGCCUUGUG